GACUUUAUGAUAUGCUACUUAACACAAUGCACUGUAGUGGAGUGGGUAUAUGCAUGCUGAUAUGCUUGGAGACGAUGACAUCUUUUCCAGUGCAUUUUGUGAAAACUCUGAGAAGCUUAUCAAUGUACAUUUGUUUGCCCUGGCUGCUAAGUAUUAUUCUUUGCCCAACCUUGGAGUGUGUACCCCACUAGAAGAUAUGCUUGAAGCACUGAAAGGAGACAGUGAAGGAGCAGCAGGUAUCAAACCGGAUGAGUUUAUGAAUAAUAAGAAAUCACAUGAAGUGAAGGUGAUGUCAGAGCUGGUAGACAGCAUAGCAAAUUAUUAUGGGAUAAAGCAGGUGAUUGAUAUAGGUUCUGGAAAAGGCUACCUGAGUUCAUUUUUGUCCAUGCAAUAUAACUUAAAAGUUUAUGGAAUUGACUCCUCAAGCUCCAACACAAAUGGUGCUCAUGAAAGAAAUAAAAAAUUGAAGAAACACUGGAGAGCAUAUCAGAGUCGAGGAAGGGAAAAUUUCAAAAGCCAGAGUUUGGAAAAGUCAAACAGGCCAAUGGAAAGUGAAAUUAACUGUAAAACAAUAAAUGAAGAGCUUUUAAAUAAUGCAAACAGUCUUCAAAAUCAGGACCAAGUGAUUAUCCAAGAUUUAGUUCCUUCUUUUGGUUGCACAGAAAUGGCUACACCUGAAACCAACACAGAAACUGAAGCUGAUUUAGUGACUGGGGCACAAUCUCAUGAGACCAAACUUUCUGAAGAGGUUCUUGCUGUUCUAAAUGUUCUUCCUGCUGAUGCUGUAGAAGAUUUUUAUUCAUCUCGGUAUAACUGUGGGGAGCUCUGUGAAGAGGAAAAAGUACAAAGGAAAAUGACAUCUCUCAAGAGUAAAGCAAGAAAGUCAAGUGAAUCAAACCUGUAUUUUCCACUGACCUCUUGCAUCACUGCAGAAACAGAACUCAGUGACAUCAUAACAGAUCUGGAGGACUGCAUGAUGGUGGGUCUACAUACAUGUGGAGAUCUUGCUGCAAAUACACUACGAAUUUUUACUGCCAAGCCUGAAAUCAAAGCCGUUUGCAGUGUGGGCUGCUGCUACCAUCUGUUGUCAGAACAGUUUGAAAACCAAGAAGAAUGCCAGGACCAAGUCUGGGGGUUUCCCAUGUGCCAGUACUUGAAGGACAAAGGCUGGUGCUGUGGUCGCAAUGCUAGGAUGUCAGCAUGCUUGGCUUUGGAGCGAGUUGCAGUUGGCCAAAUGCUGCCUACAGAAUCAUUGUUUUAUCGAGCUGUUCUUCAGGUUAUUAUAGAAGAAAUUUAUGGUGUCACCAAAAGUGAUCGACAUGUUGGAAAAACCUUCUCCAAAUCAUCCUCCUUCAUAGAUUAUGUCAGACGAUCUCUGAAAAAACUGGAACUGGAUGAUUCAAAGCUCUAUUUAGAAAUGAACAAAAGAGCAGCUGUACUGCAUAGACCAAAUGUCUGCUUUGUCUCUGGCAGUGGACAAAAACUCAUGCCUUGGGAUGAAUAUAAGCUCCCAGACAGCUGUAUAAUGGACUACUAUGAAAAGUACAAGCACAGAAUGAAUGAGCUUGAAGCAUUUAAUAUGCUGAAGGUUGUUCUGGCUCCUUGCAUAGAAGUUUUGAUACUUCUGGAUCGUCUUUGCUACCUCAAGGAGCAGGAAAACAUUGCCUGGUCUGGACUUGUGAAGUUAUUUGAUCCUGUGAAGUCCCCCAGAUGCUAUGCAGUUAUUGCUCUGAAGAACCAGUCAUGUUCUUAAGUGGAAGCAAAUUGCAGAGAGGUUGGAAAUUCUGAACUGAUAGUGCUUUUUUCUCCAUUUUAUUCUGUUAUUUUUAACUGAUUCCUCAAGUACAGUGUUUGUUUUUCGAUGCAAAAGAAAAAGUGCAAUGUCUCUUUGAAUCUCCAGAAAUAAAUAUCUCCUUUAUAAAUAUGA